CUCUCAGAGACUCCAGGGAGUUUCCAGGGAUCAUGGCAAAUAGUAAGCGCUAUAAGGGAGGCAGGGGCAGACACUUUACUCAGUGCUGACCAUGCUGUUUCUCUGGAUUCAAAUUUUCUCACUGUCUGAAUUUACUCUUGCUUGUGCUUGCUGUGCUUUUCUGAGGAAAGGUACGUGGUCGGGGAUUUGUGGAAAGUACAGUCAUGACAUGCAAAGAUGGGUCCCUGGGCAUUAGGGGAUGAUGUGUGUAGAGGAUACAAAAAGGACUAGAUUUUGCUAAACUGUUCCUAUCAGCAGUAGCUGAAGCAGCAGUGCUCAGAAUAGUGCUCCUUUGUGGUGUUUUUUGUGGUUGAUGGUGGUUUGUUGUUUUUGUGGUGGUCUUUGUUUUAUUUCUUUGGGUUUUUUUACUGGUUUAAAUAGUUAUCAGAGAUGAGGUCAAUACAAACAGAAUGGGUUUGGUAAGAGGUCAGUUUGCAAAGUGGAUGUUUAAAUUCAUGGAAUAAGGAGAAAUGUUUAGACCCUUUUUUGGCUCUAGAAAGCACAAGACUGAGAAUUUCCUCUUGUUUGUUUUGUCUCAAGACUGUGUUUCACCCUGUGUCUAGUCUUAAGUCUCCUUAACCUACCAUGCACGAUUUUGGCUUCUCUGUGGCACCAAACUUAGCAGCUGGACUAUUUGCUAUGUGACAAUUCUAAGGUUGCUCCUGUUGUUCCACAGCACAGGCAUUCAUGUCCAAUGUUCUCAUUUGUCACCCAAGCUGCUGCUUGCCUGUAUUUGCUCAGCUGAGGGUUUGGUGAUGUCAGCAGGCAAGUUUCUGAGAAUUGGAGACAUCUUGGAUCUUUAUAAAGACUGCAGUGCUGCUUCUCCGUGUUGCUUUUUGUUCUUGCCCUUCCAAGAAAAUUAACGUCCCCAUUCCAGAAGUGCUGCAAUGCCAGUAACCUCAAGGGGCAUACUAGAAUGCUUCACAGGCCCCCCACUCGAUUUAUAUAAGAUGAUCGACAUGAGGUGGUGGUGUAGGGAUAAAAAGGCAGAAGCAACAGAGUAUUCAGCUGCAUAUUGUUUUCUCAGGUGAAGGACUUGAGCUCCUGCAUCUUAAGUACAGCAAAGGCAUAAAAAAAUAUGCCUCAGACAAAGAGCAGGCUAGGUGCCAUGUAUCUGAUGCUUGCUAGCCUGGUCACUGCUGAAGCCACGUUCUGGAGGAAGACAGAAGAAGCCAUGUACCUUCUCCCACUUUCGUGAGUGUUCUGGUUGUUCCUAAAGCUCUUUGGUGUUGAAGACCAUCGUGAUCCAUUUCUCUAGCGGCCAGGUCUCAGAGCGAUCUGUUUACAGCGACGACUCCCUCCUCGCCCAGCACUGGCGCAGCCCGAAGGCUCCUGAAGGGGUCUCCGAGCCCCGACCCGGUGCGUGGGCCGCAGCAGGCCCGGACGCGGGGCCAGCUGGGGCCGCGCGGCUCCUCCUCGCGGGCGGUGUCCCGAAGGCCGAGCAGGUCCCGCCCCGGCGGGGAAGGCGGGCGGCCGGUGCGCUCGGCCCCGUGCCGUUUCCCCGCAGCCCGGCCUCAGGAGGCGCGCGGCUCGGCCGGUUCUUGGCCCGCAGGCACACGCAGGAUUCGGACGGCCCAAGACCAGCCAUGGCCAAGGAGAACUAGUGGACCGGAGGCUCCCGAGCGGCGGUAGCGCCCGGCUGGGCCUGGGCUGGGCCGUGCCGGCGAGGGCCGCCGCGCCUCUCUUGCCGCCUCGUCGUGAAGGUUUGUGAGGAGGGUCGCGGCGUCGGCGGGCGCGGCCCGGAAGCGGAAGCGGGUGUCCCUCCCCUGUUGGCUGGGCCGCUCGGCGGGGGGCUGCGGCCCGUCCCUUCCGCUUCCUCCCGGGAACCGGCGGCGGCGAGUGACGGGCGUCCCUGCGCAGCGCUGAGGGGCGGCGCGGCCCAUGGACCGGCACAAAGUGAAGCGGCAGAGGCUGGACCGGAUCUGCGAAGGCAUACGGCCUCCUAUUGUGAAUGGCCCAAUGCCAGCGCGGCCACUGGUUGCACUGCUGGAUGGACGAGAUUGCACGGUGGAGAUGCCCAUCUUGAAGGAUGUUGCUACAGUGGCAUUUUGUGAUGCUCAAUCUACUCAGGAAAUCCACGAAAAGGUGCUGAAUGAGGCAGUGGGAGCUCUGAUGUAUCACACCAUUACCCUUUCUCGUCAGGAUCUGGAGAAAUUCAAAGCCCUCAGGGUCAUUGUGCGUAUUGGCAGCGGCUAUGACAAUGUUGACAUCAAAUCCGCUGCAGAAUUAGGCAUUGCAGUUUGCAACAUCCCUUCCUCCUCGGUAGAGGAGACUGCUGACUCUACCCUCUGCCACAUCUUGAACCUCUAUCGCCGUGUUACUUGGUUACAUCAGGCUAUGCGGGAAGGGAAUCGAGCCUCGAGUGUAGAACAGAUUCGAGAGGUGGCUGGAGGCGCUGUGCGUAUCCGUGGGGAGACUUUGGGCAUCAUUGGACUAGGCCGAGUUGGACAGGCAGUGGCUCUGCGAGCCAAGUCCUUUGGCUUCAACGUGAUUUUCUAUGAUCCCUAUCUGCCGGAUGGAGUGGAGCGAUCCUUGGGUUUACAACGAGUAGGAACCCUGCAGGAUCUACUAAUGCACAGCGAUUGCAUCACAUUGCACUGCAGCCUGAAUGAACAUAACCAUCACCUCAUCAAUGACUUCACUAUUAAACAGAUGCGCCAAGGCUGCUUCUUAGUGAACACAGCCCGGGGAGGGCUGGUAGAUGAGAAAGCCUUAGCACAAGCCUUGAAAGAGGGGAGAAUCAGAGGAACAGCAUUGGAUGUGCAUGAGUCUGAGCCUUUCAGCUUUGCACAAGGGCCCUUAAAAGAUGCACCCAAUGUGAUCUGCACCCCUCACACUGCCUGGUACAGUGAGCAGGCUUCCAUUGAAUCCAGAGAAGAUGCAGCUAAAGAGAUCCGCAGAGCGAUUACAGGUCACAUACCUGAUGCAUUGAGGAACUGUGUUAAUAAGGAGUACUUGCUGUUAGCAGCUCAGUGGUCUAGUAUUGAUCCUGCAACUGUGCACCCAGAACUUAAUGGAGCUGCAGCUUACAGGUUUCCUCCAGGAGUAGUGGGAGUACCCACCCCUGGGCUACCAGAACCACCAGUAGUGGAAGGGAUUGCAGCUCAUGGGAUCCCUCCUGUUCCUCACUCUGCACCGCGAACCCCUUCCCCGGGAGAGACAAGCAAACUGGAUGCAGACAGAGAGAUUCCUGCUGACCAAUAGCAGCAUCUUUUUCCUCUUCUCUGGCAGCAGAAAAAAGUAGGAGUGCAUCUUCUCCUAGGACCUUCUUUAACACCCUACAGAGACUGUUUCCUGUUCCUACAGGACAGGAGAAUGCAUUUCAUUACUGGCAAACUUUAGCUCUUGCCUUUAUUUUGUAACCCUUUAGUUUUAAUCUCUCAAUGAAUCUUUCUCCUCUGGGGCAGGGCAGCAGUGACCUUGCCUCUCCUCAGUAAUACUUCAUUUAAUGAGUGAGUUUUCCCAUAUAUCUGCCUCGAUUGUCUGUGAGUGAACUGUCCUUGUGCACUUGAAAAUAGAAGUGGAGCUGCCUGAUCAGGGAUGACCCUCAGUCUUCUUUAACAUCAGACUUCAGUGCACACUUUUCAGUUGUGACUUACAGUUUAAUUUGGCUGAUCCUCUUGUAAGUGUAGCCAUGGGGAAUAUUAGAAAAAUAUUAGUGAAUUGGAGAAGUUGUGAUUACUGUCUUUAUUAUGCCCUUGGUAGAAUGCAGCCUAGGCUCAGCUCUGUGUAUUAUUUUGCUUGUUUUAAUUAAGGUUUCCUGUGAAAAUGGACAUAGUGCAGGCAUUGCUAGUUCCUGAUUAUACAAAGUUUUGUCUAUGCAGUACUAGGCCUGAAGUUAAAAAUAACAAUCUCAAAGCCAGCCUUGUAAAUAAUUUGGAAAGGAUUAAAAUGUCAUCAAAUGUGUUUUGGGGGCCACUGUGUUUGUGAGGCUUCAGAAUAGUUCACCUUGGAGUCUGUGUUACUCGGAGAAGACAAGAGAACACAGAAGUGGGAAAACCUUGCACUGAGAGACAGCAAGGAGCAGUAACUUGCAGCUUUAGUUGCUGGUUCCUCAGACACUUGUACCUCACAGUCUAAGGGCAGUGUUUAUCCAUGAGGUAACUGUCAUGUUAGAAUUCUAAGCUUUGCACUACUGAUUUCUUUCUCUAUUUUUUUUUUGGCAUACCUGCAUCAAGUAGAAGUAACAUACCACUGGUCUCUGUGCUGAUGGAGAAAGCAGCUUUGAACAGUUUGCCAAAUUACUUUAGCUCUGCUAGCACACACUGCAUUGCUAAUAGUAAACGGGGCAAGACAGUGUUUUUUUACAUGAAUAAGCUUUGUGAAACUAAAGGAGAAAGAAAACUCUUGCUUGUCACCUGAAGCCAAGGAAGGAUUGUUGCUCUCAAGUCUUUCCCCAUUUCUCAAAUGAUUUAAUAUGAAUCAUUUCUUUGAGGGGUAUGGAGUUUUCAGCAAAACAGUUUCCACUGGAGAUUUUUCUUAAUUCUAAAUUUUCCUUUAACUUCACCUCAUUAUGCUUCAGUUACAGCUUUUCCAUGCACAAGAUAUAACAAUUCCCAAUUGAUUUGUUUGUGUUGGUGGGUAUAUUAAAGUCGGCUCUAUAUUGGAGGCAUAACCCUAUGUGUGGGUUUGUCUGCCUCUCUUGAUUCUUCCUUCUGUUCUGUAUCUGUGACUGGAAGCUGAACAGCUGCGAACAGACUGGAAAUACACCUUGAGGUAUGGACAGUAUCCUCUGUUGGGCUGUUUACAGUUUGGGAAGCUGAGGGGGAAGUUUCCAGUCACUUAAAUGUUCAGAAUUUUUUUUUUCCAGGUUUUAAUUUUUCUCCAAUACUGCCUUUGUAUAAUGGCUUACUGCUGAUACAGUAAAAUGAUUCAUUCCUUUUUCCUCCACCUCCACUCCUGCAAUCAAGAACGGAGAAUAGACAAGAAAACACCUAAUGUGUUUGCUCACAGAUUUUUACACUUUAACUGUUUAGCAUUAGUGAGAUGAUACUGGUUCUCUAGUGCUGAGUGUUUGUCUCGGUGAAGGUUCUCAGCUGCUGUGUUUUCAUGGAUGAUGCUGAUUCUACUUAAAAUUCAUAUACCUCCUUUUCUGCUCAGGUUUAGCACAUGAGACUGGGACUGGUGGUAGGAUAGGUGGCAGAAAAAGUUUUAGGAGAAGUUUUUCUGAGUAGAAGCCUAGAGCUCAGAAACAUGUUGCUUGCAGCUGUACCUAAAAUAGCCAGCAGCACUCUCCUGAGUUCUCUCCUCUUUAGGAAAUCUACAUUUUACAAGCUACUAGCUAAGAAAACUGUUUUUCUGACAGACUUUUCUGUCUAGUUAUUACCACAUUAGGGACGCAAUCUGUCAGUAACUACUCUUUGCUGCUGAAAAUUCCUGCCCUGCUUAGAGGUUCAGGCCUCAGAAUAUUUUGUGGUAAGGGGCUUCUAGCUAUGGGCCUUGUGAAUACAGAGGGUCAGAGUACAUUGACCUUGUCUCCUUCCAGAGCACAAUGCAAGAAGGAUUUUUUUUUAAUUUUUUUUUUUAGAGGCAGAUUUUUUUUUUUGUCUUCUUAACUGCAAGUAUCUCUAUAGACCAGUCAACUGAGCAGAGGAAGAGUGGAAAGACCUCACUUGGGGGGCACUUGAGUUUCUCAGUUCUUACUUUUGUGCCUAGAUAUACUGGUGACUAGUAAGUUUAGGAAUUAAAUAACUGAUGUCAUAAGAAAUAGUUCCAGUUAUGGAUACUAAGGAGUUGAAGCUGACAGCAUUGAUGGUGGCUCUGUUUCUAUCCAGCACUAUGUAAGGCUUCUUGGAUGUGAAGGCAGUUUUCCCCUUGAUUAAAGCCACAGCAGAAAACGUUGAGGUAAAAAUGGACUGAACCCUUAUUGUGGCCUCAAAAAAGGACUCUCUGCAUAUCUGAUCACUCUCCUUGUAUAGACUGAAUCUAUUAUCACCAGACAAAGACUGUUCUGAGCAGAUAGCUCAAAGAAAAAUUGACCAGUACUAAAGUACCCUGUGGUCUUCUCCAUCCGCUGAGUGCCAAGUCCUUUGUUAGCACUGUCUCCUGUGUGAUACACUGACUUGUAGCUUCCCCUCCCAAGCUUACUGCAGUGUACAGAAGUAGAAGGAUUUGGGGUUUUUUUUAAUGCCUUCUUUCAGAACUAGCGCAAAGCUUUAAUCCCAAAGAACAGAAGUCUCCCAGGGUGAGGCAGGAGUGCCCUAGCUGCACUAAUCUGCUUACAGGAGGUGCUCACACUGUCCCAAGGUACAUUCUGUUCAUCAGGGUCACUGCUGCUGACCAGCUUUUUUAUAGAGGACUCAGAGUUUCAGAAAUAUAUUUUUGUAGACAAUGACUAAACUGUGAAACAUUGAAAUAAAGCAUGUAAAUGAAAACUUA